AAUGUUUUUUACUUUUGGGUCAAAAAUUGGAUCGCUAAGUAUUCGUCAAAAUCAGUUUUUACGCUACAACACUUGAUCAACGUUUAUUUUGGUUUUAUUAUUAGUAAGCGAUCAUCAUCUUCAUCGUCUGGCAUCAGGACCUCUUCCUUUCUUUCAAUUUCUCUGCUGUUCAAGGUUUUUUUUUCAGUUCAAAUGGAUACUCCAUUGCCUCAGGAUAAAUUAUCUUUAGGAUCAAUAACCAAGUAAGUUUUUUGUUUUUAUUUUAUGUUCCUGCUUCAAGGGUUAGUUAAUAAUUCCCAUGAAUCUUAUUUUUCAAUCCUGGGUUCUCUAUUUUCAAAGUGGGGACAAGAUGUAUGUUGUGUUAGUAGCUACUGGGAGCUUCAAUCCUCCUACUUUUAUGCAUUUACGGAUGUUUGGUGAGUUUCUUUUUUUAAAAAAAAUUUUUUUGCUUGGGUGUUUCUUAAUUUCAUUUGGUUUGAAGAAAUUAGUGAAUGUUAUUGCUGCAAUUCAGAGUUAUUGAUGCUUAUGUGUGUGCUGUGUAAUGCCUUGAUUUUAUGCCUAGAGCUGGCGAGAGAUGCCUUGAAUGCAGAGGGGUAUUGUGUCAUUGGAGGAUAUAUGUCACCUGUCAAUGAUGCUUACAAGAAAAAGGUAUGAUGGGAUUUUGUUUUUGUUUAGUAAUUACCUUAGAUACAUAAGAUGAAGGAAAUGAGAAAUAAAGGUGGGGGUGGGGGCGUUUUCCACGAGGAGGACCGUCUCUUUGAUUGGGCAAAAGGAACUGGACUUUAUUUUGGGGGGGAGGAGUGGGGAUGGGACUAGCAGGUUGCCGGUCAACCUAUUCUUCUUCUUCUUCCUCUGCUCUGCUCUGUGUCUUUUGUGUUUUUGACAUGAGUCAAAACUUUAAUUCUUGUCUCCAUUUUUAUUGUGUAUUUAAUAUUAUGCACAGCUGCAUUGAAGUUGGAGAAGAAAUUUAGUAGUCGUAGUGGUGUCUUCAAUUUUUUUGGUAUUAUACUUAUAUUGCUUAAUUAAUACGAGUAAGCAAU